UGAGCUCAGGUGAGUUCUACCUGAGAGCUCACAGCUAUCAGGAGGACAGUGGAUUACAGCCCUUACCUCCAGCCUCCCUCAGCGCUGUUCUUCCCCAGCAGUCAGAAAGGCCGCAGCGCAUCAGACAGAAACAGUUUGUUGAUCAGAAACAGUUUUUAUGGCAGCGGGAGUAGGACUGGCUAUGAAUCCGCCUCAUAUGUCAGAGGAAAGGGCGGUUUUCACACAGCUGAAGCCCGUCAGGAUGUCUGGAGCGGACGGUGCUGAGGACACGCCCGUCUUUGAGGACGUCAAGCCGCCGAUUCAGCUAGAGCUGGACAAAUACCUUCCCCUGGUCAACAGCCCCCUCCUCCCCGCCCCCACCGACGCAGACAAGAAGUACAGACGAGAGAGCGCCUCGGUGGUGGACGAGUACUUCUCAGAGGACAAACCCGCCGCCCCUUACAGCCUCAACAUCAACCUCAUCCUUCCUAACACCACCCACCUCCGCACAGGCCUCUACAGGCCCAGUAACCCCAAAACGCUGACGCCACAACAGAUCAAGACGGAGCCAGGAGUGGAGGUGCCCUGCUCCAUUCCAGCCUCCACUCAGGCGCUGCCAGACUUCACCUCCGUCUUCAGCGUGUCUCCUGUAGUCAACAGUGUUUUCAUCAAACCAGACAUGAGCUCUGGAGGAGGGGUGAGCGUCUCUACAGCAGCUCAGCAGCAGCAGCAGCCUCAUUUAGACACAGAGCUGCAGAUUGGACCCCCGCCCCCCCAGCAGCAGGUCUACCACAUGCCCAUCAGCAGCUCAGACCUCACCCUGUCACACAGCAGCACGGGGGCGCAGGGCUCCGCCUGUGGCAGAACCAUGCUGAACCUGGGUGCCGCCACUCUGCCCACCAGCAACGGCAGCUACAUGAUGCACGCCGAGCACCAGCUGCAGCAGCAGCAUCACGGCUACUAUCAGGUGUCUCCAAACAGCUCUUCCCAGCCUACGGCACCCCACAGCUUGCCCCCCUCACCUCCAAACUCCCAGCCAGGAAGCCCGGAUGGCCAACCGGAACUGCUCAGCCUUGGGACGCAGCCGCCGCCGCCGUACCAGCAGCGUCUGGGAGGGAUGAAGGUGUCAGGACUGUCUCCGCACGCGCUUCUAAUGACGCACGGCCAGGGCGUUCUGACGGGCCCCAAAUACAACAGGCGGAACAAUCCCGAGCUGGAGAAGAGGAGGAUCCACUUCUGUGACUAUCCAGGUUGCACUAAAGUUUACACAAAGAGUUCCCAUCUAAAGGCGCACCAAAGGACGCACACAGGUGAGAAACCGUACCGCUGCACGUGGGAGAACUGCGACUGGCGCUUCGCCCGAUCAGACGAGCUCACCAGACACUACCGCAAGCACACCGGGGCCAAACCCUUCAAGUGUGUGGCCUGCAGCCGCUGCUUCUCGCGCUCGGAUCACCUGGCUCUGCACAUGAAGCGCCACCAGAACUAGUUCCUGACUGUUUAUAGAUCCAACCUAAAACAAUCUGACACAUGUACAGAGCAGCAUGCAUGCAUGACAGCCAUCUCUCUGGAAUCUGGUGCCUCGUCUGUUGGGGAGGGAGGUUGAUUUUUAUCUUAACAGCACGAAAACACUCCAAAGAAAGCCUAGAGUACCAAAGGACCUGAACUGAUUUCUAACAUCCAGGUUAAUCACUUUAUUGAUCGAUCUUCAGUAAACGUCACUUCAAGGUUUCAAGAACGGACUCCAAAAUCUGAAUGUCUUGGAAAUCUUUAUUUUUUUUUCCUUUCCUACAAAAUGACUUUUUCCACCUUUCAGCUCUGCGAGGUACGAACUUUCAACGAGACGUCCUGCCUGUGUACAUACUUGUGCAUAUGUUUGUGUGUUUUUGAAAAAAUACAGCGAAUGUAUUGAGAUUGAUACUUGACACUUAUUUUCCCGCUGAACGUGAUCCUACAUAAUUUUCCACAUUGUGACUUCCUUGUGAUAAAAAGCCGAGCCGAUGGCCCUAAAAACGGGACGAAAAAAAAAUAAAAAUGCAAAAACAGCCAAGAGACGAGAAGGCAGCUCUCCAUGAAGGAGUUAAUCAUCAGCUCGUUAUGCCUGUUUCAGUGCAGGUAAUACCUGUCCAGCUCAGACAGCAGCGCCGCUCGCCAUUGUUUGUUGUCCUCACCCCUGUUGCCCCGGCAACCGCUUUAUGGCUUCCCCUCUUUUUUUCAGUGCAUGUUUUGUUCUAAUUCUCCCGGUAUUUAUUUAACACUUGAGCUCAGGAACGAUAGACGCAGGUGGGUGGGGCUUUUUAUGUAAUCAGGUGUGACUUUCUGAUUGGUUUAAUGCACCAUGUGGCAGAAAAAUCCCAUUCAGGCAGUUAACGUUCAAUCGACUGUAUGACAGAGGAUCAGUGAUGCCUCUGCAGCUUUUAAAGACGCUUUCAUGCAGCAGAUUAGCUUCAGGGUUUCUGAGCCGUCUAGUGAAAUUAGUGGAAUUUUUCUUUUUGCGAUGUAUUGAUUAAAGAGAACAAAGCAGCUUUUGCAUGUGCUCUGAUUUCUCCCAUUGAAGCUGAAGGUUUCCUUCAUGGAGGCUGACUGUCUGCUUGGUUCGUUUAAAUGAAUCCCCUCCUGUUAUUUCAGAGUAUGAUUGUUCUACUUUUACCAUUUGUUUUUAUUUUGUCACCGAGGAAGAAAGUUCUCCCGUCUCUCUCCUAGAGGGGGCGCUGACCGCCCACUGUGUAUAUAAGCGUA